CAUAUAUCACACAACUAUCAGACGAAGCAUCAACAAUUUCGCAUGUAAGUGUUUUCAUGCUGCCUUACGAAGUAUACAUAUUCCUCAUUUCAGAUAUCUUGCCACUGGAAACUCGUUUCGUUCUCUCUCAUUCAGCUUCCGCUUGGGAGAACGAACGGUACGAGAAAUCAUAUAUUCAACAUGUGAUGCUAUAUGGAGACGGCUGCAACCCCUCUUCAUGCCACAACCUGACGAAGAUAUGUGGGUCAAAAUAGAAGAUGAUUUUUGUAAAAAGUGGAAUUUUCCUAACUUACUCGGAGCCAUUGGCGGGAAACACAUGUUAAUUCAAGCUCCUCCACAUAGUGGAUCACAGUACUUUUGUUACAAGAAAGUGUUUAGUAUAGCAUUGUCAGCUCUGGUAGAUGCCAGCUACAAAUUUAUUUUCAUAGAUGUAGGAGCCUAUGGCACAAAUUCAGACAGCAGUAUUUUUAAGCGCUCUGCCUUGGGAACCGGUCUAGAGAACAAUACUUUAAACAUCCCUACAGAGAAACAACUGCCUGGAAGUAAUACUACGCUACCACAUGUAAUAGUUGGGGAUGAAGCCUUUCCCUUACGAACAUAUUUAAUGACGCCAUUCUCUAGAGAUCAAGCUCGUGGAAAUGAAGAACGAAAGGUUUUCAAUUAUAGGUUAAGCCAGGUGAGAAAUGUUUCUGAAAACUCUUUCGGUAUUUUGGUUAGGAAAUUCAGAAUUUUUGAGCAUAGGUUAAGCCUGUCUCAUGAGCAUGCCAACUGCGUAAUCCUUGCAGCCUGCAUACUACAUAAUUAUUUGAGACAUGAUAAUUGUUACUGGUCCGAAAAUGAUUUACAAGUUGCUGUUUCUGAUAUGCAAGGGCUAAGGAACUUGGAACGAUGUGGUGGACCACCACCUCAGGCUGCAUUACAUGUAAGAGAUGCAUUUACAAACUACUUCAACUCUGAAGCAGGACCUGUAGAAUGGCAAGCUGCAAGAAUUCAAGUUGGCAAAAGGAAUAUUCAGAAUUAAUUUGUUGAAUGCUCCGUUCAUGAUAGCUUUACUAUUUAGUUUUUUAGUUACUGUUUAGUUAGUGUUUUGCUACAAAUAUAGGCCUAGUAAUUAUGUCAAACAUUAAACAAUGUUUAACAACGCUCAAAUAAAAACUAUACGUUAUA